AUGAAUAUUAAUGAUGUGUGUGAAGAAGUGAACAAUUCUAAACCACAAAAAAUCAACAGUUCCUUAUCAUCAUGUCGUCGUUGGAUGAUUUCUGGGAGAUUUCAAGAUAUUCUCCCAAAAGAAUCUUUAACCAUGAGUAUUAUGGAUUGGGAAGACUUGUAUAGACGUGAAAAGAUGGCUCAAGUACAUCACAGUGUAUAUACUUCAUCAGGAUGCUUUCUACAAUUGGACCAAAGACAAUUGGUAAUGAGCUGGAUAAGUGAUGUGGCUCAUCGUUUAGCUUGGGAAAAAAGUACUUUUCAUUUGGCUACAGGCCUUAUAGAUCAGUAUAUGUUUUGCUUAGAAAAAGAUCCAUCUGCUAGAAAGAAAUUAGAUCGUAGUUCUUUAGCUGCGACAUUUGCAGCAGCUGUAGUAACAGCUGCAUCUUUAGGAGAAUGCCUUGGAGAAUGCCAUGAUAGACGUCAUUGUCCAGGUUUACCCCCAUUACAUAGAUUUGUUCAAAGCAGUGGAAUUAUUCGAUCUAAUCGAGAUAUUGUAGAAAUGCAGAUCCAAUUACUCGUACAAACUUCUAAAUAUGGAGGCCCUUCCCUCCUUAAUAAGACCCCAGCUCAUAUGACCUUACAUUAUUUGUCUCGUUUGAAGCAUCUUGUGGAUGCAUUGUAUGCUUCUUUCACAUAUAUAAGUUCAAGUGGAUGGAGUAGUACAUACAUUCAGAUGAUAUCUGAAUUUACUGAAACUCAUCCUUGUUGCCGAAAUGGUACAUGCUGGAUAAACAAAAUAGGUCUUAAUACAACUGUUGGACAGGCUGUUUUAGGAGUCAGAGACAGAAUUGAUUAUGGGGCAUUAUUUGAAAAGAUAAUGUUUGCAAGUGAAUUAGCUCUGUACUCUGGAAUCAAUCUACUUGUUCCAGGUAGUAGAAUUGCUGCGAGUGUCCUUAUUCAUAUUCUAUUCAGCCUAGAUCCUGUAUUGCAGGUUCCGAACCAUCAACAAUUAUUGUAUACUAAUCUAUGCCUUUUGGAUUAUGACUCAGAUAUAAGACCUUAUAUGCCUUAUCUAGAUCCGCUAAUUCGGCGAGUAAUUUCUCUAUCAAUUGAGAAUAUUCAUGCCUUGGAGAGUCAUAACAGUAAAUCUCCAAUAGGAAUUUCAUAUGAUAAGGCAUUUUCGGGAAUGCUUUUGAUACACAGACAUCAUACUAUUCCUGAAAAACUUCUGAGUGGUAUUCGUGUUUCCACAUUAAUAGCAAUGCACUCAAGAAUGAACCAACCAAGUGUAGUGAAUCCAUUCAUAUUGUCCUCUCCUAGUUCACUCCCUGUAUCGCCAUAUUCAUCCUUCAGUUCAAAUACAAAUUCGCCAGCACAUUCAUUCCAUUGCUCACCUAUAUUCUAUCCAUUUAACUCACGUUAUAUGGAUGAAAAUAGUUUAGUACAUAAUAUUAAUAAGGCUGUAUUGGUAAACACACAGAUGAACUCUGUAGGAACACUCCAAGUAUCAAACUCUCAGAAUCAUGAUGUGUUAAUGAAGGAUGAAGCUAAUAAACAAGUAGUAAUGACCUUUGAUCAUGGGGACAAUAACUUGACAUUCUUACAUAGGCAAAGUGGGUUGUUUUAUCAUAGUGACAAUCUCUAUACAACAUGCUCUACAGCUACUAAUUCUCCUAUAUUAGGGAAUUCUUAA